AUGGAUUUGCGUUUCGACCACCAAGCAGGAGGAGGCAACGUUUGGCAGAAAUGCUCAAGACACGACCUUUCGAAACGCCGUUUCGUCUGCGGUGGCGGCGUUUGUCCUUUCUGCCUCCACGAACGCCUCUCCUCCCUCUGUCCCGAUUGUGCCCACGACCUCCCCUGUUCUUGUACCCCACGCGCCUCCGUCUCCGCCGGCGAAGGCGACGUUCCUUUCGCCGGUAUCGGAUCGGUUGGUCGCGUUGCCAACCUGAUCGAGUGCGAGCCGGCGUUUCGGAGAUCGAUGUCGAUGGCGGUUCCGUUUCUCUGGUCUGCUAAACCGGAACCGGUUUCGGAAACCGGUUCGGAUCUCCAACCGGGUCGUGGGCGUUCGCUUUGGAGACUGUUCAGAGGGAACAGGGGAGUGACGAAACCGAAGGAUGAUACGAUUAUGAGGAAGUCGAGAUCCGUCGCAGUCUCCGACGCAGAAGAAGUGCUGUUUUCUCCGACGCCGGUGACGAGCAAAUGGUAUUUUCCAAGUCCGAUCAAGGUUUUCCGACAGUCAAGAGUCUCCAAGAUGAUGUUUCAACAACGAUCUCCUUUGUACAGAGGUUGA